AUGGAGAGCGACGAGUACAUGAACAGGACGCACACCGGCGAGGCGCUCGCGCCGGCGUGGUGGGAGAGCUUCAACUUCCGGCGGCUCAAAACGCUCAGGUACGAAUGCGAGUGCCUGCUCUGCGAGACCAAGACCAGGCUGUCCUCCUCCUUCGGAGCCCACCGGCCAUGCUCCAUCUACGGAGCCAUCCUAGAGCACGUGCCCCCGGCCGGCGGCGCGCUCCGCCACCCGUCGGCUCCACGCUACAUCGUGGCCUUCCGGGGAACCAUUCUCCGGCGGCACCAGCACCAGCCACACCAGCACGAGCAGCAGCAGCAGCACACGGUUUUCGGCGACAUGCACCUGAACCUCCGGAUACUUGCCAACAAGCAGCACGGCUGCGACCGCUUCCGCGACGCCCGUAAAGAGGUUGGCAGGCUCCUGGACUCCGUCGCCGACGGCAGCCAUGUCGCCCCCGCCGCCGUCUGGCUCGUGGGCCACUCGCUCGGCGCGUCCAUCGCACUGAACGUCGGGCGCGACAUGGCCGCCAAGGGGUGCUACCUCCCGACGUUCCUCUUCAACCCGCCGCAGGGUCGCCAAGAGGGUCGUGUACCCGACGAGCUACGCUGUGAAGGCGGCGCUGGGGUCGACGGUGCUGAAGCGACAGGAGAGGGACAUGGAGCCGCGCUGUUCCAGACGCUGGCGCCGUGGGUGCCCGAGCUGUACGUCCACGAGAGGGACAUCGUCUGCCAGGGCUUCAUCGACUACUUCGAGCAGCGGCAGAAGAUGCUGGACCGGCUCCGGCCCGUCGCCGAGGUGGCCAUGAAGCUGUCUCUCCGUGACAUGCUCAUAUCCUUUCACAGCACCGACCCCGCCGAGAGCGGCGAGGACCAGCGAGUGCGCCCACACCUCUUGCCGUCGGCGAGGCUAUGGAAGAAUUCGAGCUACCACUACGCGCACGGACUUGAGCAGUGGUGGAAGCCUGACAACGAGCUGAGGUUGAGCUCCAGGCGAUACAGCGAUCGUGGAGCUGAGGCAGAGCUUCUCUAUGGUUAA